AUUUUGAUUUAACCUCAAAAAUUUUAACGAUCUAACUAAAACAGAAAGCAAACAAAGCAUAUUUCAGUGUUUUAAAUAACAGGUAAAAAAUGUCUGACUUUUCGGAGCUGCUGCAAGAAGCUGAAAAGCUCACAAAUGAACUUGGAGGAAGCCAAGAUCUUCCAAAAGUAGAGAGGUCUAUACGACAAGUAUUAGAGGCGUCCACUGAUUUGUACUCAAGAGUUGCCCAAACUGGAGCCAAAGAUAUUCAAGCUAAUCUUCUGUUGGGUGCAAAAGGAGUGGAUCUUCCCAAAAUUGCCCAGAAGCUGGAAUCACUCAGUACUAAGAGAACAUUUGAACCAAUUCUCCCUGUUACAGAUUUAGAUAUCUACAAUACUUUGGAAAAUGAAACCAGAACACAGAUUCUCUCAAUUUUUGAUUCAGGCUAUAAUAAGAUGUUAUCAUUUACCUAUGAUAUGUCAUGGGAACACCAACAAUCCGAGUGGAAACAAGAAAAAAGGAAAAUUUUAAAUGCCAUGAGUACAUCUUCUGGAGCAGCCAUUGAAAUAGGUACUAAUAAACAUUUAACUAUAAAUAUGGAUCGUCCUACGUAUGCAGCAGGUAAUCUAGGUCCUUUGGAGACUAUAUAUGUAUCUAAGAUAAUUGAUUAUAACAAAGCUGUUAGCAAAGGUGCUCAGAAACCAAAUCUUGUUAAUAUAUUCUGUUCUAUUGUGAAUGAAUUUAAAGAUCAAAAAGUUACAGACAUGUGGGAAAUUAUCAAAUACAUGACCCAGCUUCCUCCUUUUCCAAAAACAGAUGAUCCCAUUAAAACCAGAAAUACUAAUACUUUUAUAGAUGCUAUGGUUAAACAAGCAAAAAGCUAUCUGGAAGAUAGGUAUAAAACAUAUAUGAAUAACAUUAUAAAUGAUGAUCUUGUCCAUGCUAUUAGAGGAGGAAUUCCAGGAACUUACCAUUUAGUUCGUAGUUUUGUAGGUUUGAGAUUGCAAGGAGAAUACUUAGGGUUGCAAGAUGGAUUUGUAGAAGAUAAACCUUUGUGGCCAAUGGUCUACUAUUGUCUCAGAUCAGGAGAUAUUUCAGCUGCAAUAUACUGUUUGAAAAAGUCUGGAUUGCCUGAAUUCAAAGAUAUGAUUUUAUUAUUGGAAGCCAAAUUUAAUGGCGCAACUGUAGAAGAAAUACAUCUCCUAGAGGAGACCAUUAAGUUUUCUUACAGGAGACAUAUUAGAAAUGACACUGAUCCUUUUAAAAGAAUGGUAUGGUCCAUCUUAGGUUGUUGUGACAUAAAUGAUGAACAUUCUGAAGUUGCUAGAACUGCCGAUGAUUAUCUGUGGCUGAAACUUAGCUUAGUAAGGGCUUUGACAGGUGAGGAAGACAGCAUUAAGUAUAAAGAUUUGCAACAUGUUAUUCUGGAAGAAUAUGGAGAAACUCACUAUAACGCCUUCAAUCAACCUCACCUAUAUUUUCAAAUGUUAGCUUUGACAGGCCAGUUUGAAGCAGCAUUUGAGUUUUUGUCUAGAACUGAGAAGUACAAAAUCCAUGGUUUGCAUAUGGCUUUAGCCUUAAAUGAGUUAUAUAUGCUUGGAGGGCCACUUGAUACAGGUGCUCCUUUAAUGAGUGUUGAUCCUAUGGAUGAAAAACCAUCAUGCAGAUUAAAUGUUCCUAGAUUUGUCAUGCUUUAUGUUAAAAAAUUUGAACUUGUUUGCCCAAAUGAAGCAUUACAUUACUUUUAUUUCCUCAGAAACUACACAAGUCCAGAAGGAGAAAAUCUCUUUAAAGUAAGUGUUGCUUAUCUAGCUGUUGAAACUAAACAAUAUGAAUUGAUAUUAGGUAAAGUACAAAGUAAUGGUAUUAGAACUAAAUGCCUCAUUGAUCAGUUUACAUAUGCAAAUAUUACAUGUGAAUCCAUUGCUCAAUUAACAGCAGAAAACCUUUUGAAAAAAGGUCUUUUUGAAGAAGCUAUUGAUUUAUUUGAUAUAGCGAAUAAUCAAGAAGAAGUUCUUAAACUUAACUGCAGUAUUUUAUCUAGAACAGUCCACUUAGAAAACGAACCAAAUUCAUUAAGAAGUAGAAUUGCUGAAAAAGCAACAAACUUUGCAAAUCGAUUUUUGAGAGAAGGUUAUAAAACAAGUCCUACUAUAGUAAAUUCCUUUAUCAAAUUAAAAGAGUUGAUUACAUUUUUUAAUCAAUAUCAUGACAAAAAUUAUCCUCAAGCAUCGAAGACUCUUCAUGAUUUGCAAUUGGUGCCCCAAAGAAUGGAUGAAGUUGAUGAUAGGGUUAAGACUUUUAAAAACUAUCAUCAAGAUCUUUGCAAAGUAUUUCCAGAUAUAGUUCUAGCUGCAAUGAAUAUGAUAUUUGCGCAAUACCAAAAACUGAAAUCUAAUACUGAAUAUAUACCAAGAUUCAGGGAUGAGACAAUGGAAGUCCAAUUAAAAACACUGAGGGAACAAGCAAAAUGUUUGACAAAUUUUACUGGAAUGUUGCCAUAUAGAAUGCCAGGAGAUACCAAUAGCCGUUUAAUGCAAAUGGAAAUUUUAAUGCAUUAAUUUUUAUAUAUUUUUUUAUGAUAUAUUGCUAACUUUCAAAAUUAAAAUGUACUUUUAUAAUAAAAUUUAGUAAAAUCUG